UUCUAAGCUAGGUCUGACAUAAUAGCGCAACAUUUUAAGCAACUUGAAAAAUAUGUUAUUUGUUUGGCAAUUUUCUUAGUAAUUUGAGCUCUUUUUUCACUUUCCAUUCUUCUGUUAGUCGGGGUCAGGCUAGUAGUCUUAACAAAAGAAGUACAAGAGGAGAGUUUAGGCUUGUGGCCUGGUGAGGUUGAGAAAAGCAAAUAGAGAUACGAGGUGUAAAUUAAAAAUGAGUAACUGGAAUGGACCCAUAGAUUGGCCCACAACCGAGCCCAUUUCCAGUUUUGUGUAACCAAAAACGACAAGACUUGUGUCUCUCCAUCCCAAACUAACGGGUCGAAUUUGCAAUUAUUUUUUCUCCGUAAUGUAAUUACGUUAGACAUACAAUCCUGUAAUCAUUCAUGAUUUUUCACAUUUGAUAGCGAAUUAGAGAAAUUUCGCCUUCAAUUUUUUCACAAAACCCCAUUUGGGAUCUCGGAGAAUGUCGGACGAAGACGAGACGCAGCUCACGGACCAGCAGAAAAUCCAGAUCGCCAAGUGGUUUCUCCUCAAUUCUCCCGCCGGCGAAAUCCAGUAUGUCGCCAAAGAUGUUCGGGCGCUUGUGAAGAACGAGAGAGUGUACAGAGCGGCGACGGCUGAGGCUUUUCCACUUUACAACAAAUCUCACAUGCUUUGCCUGGAAUUUCCCGAUAGAAGCGGUGAGGUUAUCAUUACAUCAUUUAGUGAGAUUGAUAAGAAUGAAUAUCUUGAUCCUAGGACUGCCCAGGUUGCAAUCAUUGACCAUGUGAAACAGGUAUGUGAGGAUGCUAGACCAGCAAAUGAUGAAGAGCUUCCGUCCUCAUUUAUUGAGGAAUAUCGGUGUUCCUUGGAUGCAGAGAUUGUUAAAUAUGUCAGUGAAGUAUAUCCAAAAGGAGUUGGAUCGGUUUAUUGUGUUAAUGGAAAAGAUGUUGAAGAACCAGGUUCUGAUUUUGAGCUUGUUGUGGUCAUUUCUGCUGCUAGACACAGCCCUCAGAACUUCUGCAAUGGGAGUUGGCGGUCGAUAUGGAAUAUAGAAUUCAAGGGUGAGCUUCAAAUCGUGGAAGUUAGAGGUAAACUUCAGGUUGGGGCACACUACUUUGAAGAGGGCAAUGUCCAGUUAGAUGCAAAGCAUGAAUGCAAAGAUUCUACAAUAUUUCAGUCACCCGAUGAUUGUGCAAUUUCCUUGACGACCAUUAUUCGCCAUCAUGAGACAGAAUAUUUAAAUGCUCUUCAGAUGUCCUAUUUGAGUUUACCAGACACUACUUUCAAGGACUUACGCAGGAAGCUUCCCGUUACACGUACGUUAUUCCCAUGGCACAAUACGCUGCAGUUUAGCCUGACCCGAGAUAUCCAGAAGAACUUGGGACUUGAAAGCAGUAAAUGAUUCGAUCUUCCUGGAUAAAUGUUUUUUGCUGUAAUGUUUCUGGUACUACGUUUGCUGUAGUACUAGGAUGUACAACUUGUUUAUGCCGUGAGAAGUUGGGAUUGUCCGCUGUUUGAUAUACUGAAAACACAGAUGCUUGUGUUAGACAGUACAUAUUACCUUUUCAUUUUCUUCAUCAUUUAUUAUUUUUAUAUCGGCUGUUCCGUUCGUUGCUUCGUAGAAGAAUGCGGAAUUAAGGGGGUUGAUAAAUGCAACGAAUUUAUCAAAAGAAUUCAGUUGUAUGACAAGGCAGAUGACACUAAUUCUCUACUCAACUUAAAUAUUCAUCAUAUAAUACUCAUGUCAUAACAAUUUGUACACAAAAGUGAAUGAUUUUAUC